AUGUUCAGACAAGUCAAGAGGAAGACAGCUGGACGGAGAAACUUCGAAGAUGUGUCGUCGUCGUCAAGUGGUGACAAAAAGGGAGGAGCAGAUCUCAUCAGCCAACUUAAUAAUAUUUAUCAACUGAGAUUAACGUUCUAUGAUAUUCCACCAUUAGAAGAAAUCACUCUUGAAGAAUUUGAAAAUUGGUCGAUUGAUAGAUUGAAAUUAUUAAUUGAGAUUGAAAGUUAUGGAGCUCGUUCUAAAUCAAUUAAGGAUAUCGAAGUUGCUUUAAGACCAUUAUUAUUGAAAUAUUUACCUAUGAAUGGUAAUUCGAGUGAUGGGAAAAUCAAUCCAACUCUUUAUCAAGAAAGAAAGAAAGAUCAUUAUUCUCAUUUUAUAUUACGAUUAGUGUUUUGUAGAAGUGAGGAAUUAAGAAAGAAAUUCAUUAAGAAUGAAGGGAUUUUAUUCAGAAUUAGAUAUAAUUUAUUAACUCCCAAGGAACAAGAAGAUUUCUUAAUGCUGAAUUCUCAUCGAUUACAUUGGAAAUUCAUAAGUCAAGAAGAAAAACUAGCUAAUUUUGACCAAUUAUAUAAUGCCUCGAAUCUAAUUAUAAAGAAUCAUUUAUUACAAGAAGGAAUUGGAAGUGAAAUCACUAAUGAACAAGUUAAACAACAUAUUAAAUUCAAAGAAAAUUUCAUUAAAUUACCGUUUGAAAAAGUUACUAAUUUAAUUAAUUCUCGAUCAAUCUUUUUAAAAGGAGGGUAUGCUUAUAUUCCAACUAGUCUUCAAUUGAAUUUAAUCGUAACUGAAUUCCAAGAUAAUUUAAAUACCAUUUUAUUAAGAACGUUCCAAACUUUACCAAGAUUAGAAGAAGAUGAUAGAAUCUUACCAUUAUUAAAUAAUUUAGGUUUAAAUUUCUCCAAUAUUCAAUAUGAUACUAAUAAUUUCGGUUCAGAUGAUACUAAUGAUAUCAAUGCUCAAUCGAUUCAAACCCCGGAAAUCUUACAACAUUAUCCAUUAUGUGCAAGAAUCUUACAAAAACAAUUAUCCUUCAAUAGUCAUUUGAAAUAUGGUGGUAGACAACAAUUAGGUUUAUUCUUAAAGGGAAUUGGACUUAAUGUUGAUGAAGCAUUAAAAUUUUGGUCUCAACAAUUUUUAAAGAAAAUUAAUCAAGAAAAAUUUAAUAAAGAAUAUAAAUAUAAUAUUAGACAUAAUUAUGGUUUAGAAGGAGCUCGUAUAAAUUAUAAACCUUGGGAUUGCGCUACCAUUCUCGCUAAGGCCAAACCUAGUAAAGAUGAAUAUCAUGGAUGUCCAUAUCGAGAUUUAAGUGUUAAUAAUUUAAUAUCUAAUUUGAAUGAAUUAGGAAUUGAAGAUCAACAUCAAAUUAAUGAAAUUAUGGAUGAUGUUGAUAAACGGGAUUAUUCAAUUGCAUGUACUAGAGUAUUUGAAUUAACUCAUCAAAAGGAAUUAAAAGCUAGUAGUGGUGCUGUGGCUGAAAGUAUGCAUAUUAAUCAUCCUAAUUUAUAUUUUGAUAGAUCUAGACAAUUGGAGAGAUCAAUGGAAAAGAAGAAAGAAAUAAGUGUUUGA